AUGGAAGAUGGACCUUCUAAUAAUGCGAGCUGCUUCCGAAGGCUGACGGAGUGUUUCCUGAGCCCCAAUUUGACAGAUGAAAAAGUGAAGGCCUAUCUUUCUCUCCACCCUCAGGUAUUAGAUGAAUUUGUGUCUGAAAGCGUUAGUGCAGAGACUGUAGAAAAAUGGCUGAAGCGGAAAAACAAGAAAUCAGAAGAUGAAUCAGCUCCUAAGGAAGUCAGCAGGUAUCAAGAUACAAAUAUGCAAGGAGUUGUGUAUGAACUGAACAGCUAUAUAGAACAACGGCUGGAUACAGGAGGGGACAACCAGCUGCUCCUCUAUGAAUUGAGUAGCAUCAUCAAAAUUGCCACAAAAGCUGAUGGAUUUGCACUGUAUUUCCUUGGAGAGUGCAAUAACAGCCUUUGUGUGUUUAUCCCGCCUGGAAUCAAGGAAGGAAAACCCAAGCUCAUCCCCGCGGGUCCCAUCGCCCAGGGCACCACCACCUCCGCCUACGUGGCCAAGUCCAGAAAAACGUUGCUGGUGGAAGACAUCCUCGGGGAUGAACGGUUUCCAAGAGGUACUGGGCUGGAAUCAGGGACGCGAAUCCAGUCUGUGCUGUGCUUGCCGAUCGUCACCGCGAUCGGGGACUUGAUUGGCAUCCUGGAGCUCUAUCGGCACUGGGGCAAAGAAGCCUUCCGUCUGAGUCACCAGGAGGUUGCAACAGCAAAUCUUGCCUGGGCUUCAGUAGCAAUACAUCAGGUGCAGGUAUGCAGAGGUCUUGCCAAACAGACUGAACUGAAUGACUUUCUACUCGACGUAUCAAAAACAUAUUUUGAUAACAUAGUUGCAAUAGAUUCUCUACUUGAACACAUAAUGAUAUAUGCAAAAAACCUGGUGAAUGCCGACCGUUGUGCCCUUUUCCAGGUAGACCAUAAGAACCAGGAGUUAUAUUCAGAUCUUUUUGAUAUUGGAGAGGAAAAGGAAGGGAAGCCCGUCUUCAAGAAGACCAAGGAGAUCAGGUUUUCAAUCGAGAAGGGAAUUGCUGGCCAAGUAGCAAGAACCGGGGAAGUUCUGAACAUUCCAGAUGCCUAUGCAGACCCGCGCUUUAACAGAGAGGUGGACUUGUACACGGGCUACACGACCCGGAACAUCCUGUGCAUGCCGAUCGUCAGCCGGGGCAGCGUCAUCGGCGUGGUGCAGAUGGUCAACAAGCUCAGCGGCAGCGCCUUCUCCAAGACGGACGAGAACAACUUCAAGAUGUUUGCUGUCUUCUGUGCUUUAGCCUUACACUGUGCCAAUAUGUACCACAGGAUCCGGCACUCGGAGUGCAUCUACAGGGUCACCAUGGAGAAGCUGUCCUACCACAGCAUCUGCACCGCGGAGGAGUGGCAAGGCCUCAUGCACUUCAGCCUGCCCGGCCGGCUCUGCAAAGAGAUCGAGCUGUUCCACUUUGACGUCGGCCCCUUUGAAAACAUGUGGCCUGGAAUUUUCGUGUACAUGAUCCACCGAUCCUGUGGGACAGCCUGCUUCGAGCUGGAGAAGCUGUGUCGUUUCAUCAUGUCCGUGAAGAAGAACUACCGCCGGGUUCCUUACCAUAACUGGAAGCACGCGGUGACAGUGGCGCACUGCAUGUACGCCAUCCUGCAGAACAACCACGGGCUCUUUACUGACCUCGAGCGCAAAGGCCUGCUCAUCGCGUGUCUGUGCCACGACCUGGACCACCGCGGCUUCAGCAACAGCUACCUGCAGAAGUUCGACCACCCGCUGGCCGCACUCUACUCCACGUCCACCAUGGAGCAACACCACUUCUCCCAGACCGUGUCCAUCCUGCAGUUGGAAGGGCACAACAUCUUCUCCACCCUGAGCUCCAGCGAAUACGAGCAGGUACUUGAGAUCAUCCGCAAAGCCAUCAUCGCCACAGACCUCGCUCUGUACUUCGGGAACCGGAAGCAGCUGGAGGAGAUGUACCAGACCGGAUCGCUGAACCUUAAUAACCAGUCACAUAGAGACCGUGUCAUCGGUUUGAUGAUGACCGCCUGUGAUCUUUGUUCUGUGACAAAGCUGUGGCCAGUGACGAGACUGACGGCCAACGACAUAUAUGCAGAAUUCUGGGCGGAGGGCGAUGAAAUGAAGAAGCUGGGGAUACAGCCCAUUCCCAUGAUGGACAGAGACAAGAAGGACGAGGUCCCGCAAGGCCAGCUGGGGUUCUACAAUGCCGUGGCCAUUCCCUGCUACACCACCCUCACCCAGAUCUUCCCCGCCACGGAACCACUCCUGACGGCAUGCAGGAAUAACCUGAGCCAGUGGGAGAAGGUGAUCCGGGGCGAGGAGAGCGCCCUGGGGAUCCUGGACACGCCAGAGGCCCAGGAGUCCUCGGAGAAGCUGCCCGUGAAGACCGAUGACUGA